GAUUAUUGUAUUUCGCACUCAAAUCAUUGCACUGUCUUCCGUAAGUCAUGACGGCUAAACGGAUUUAACCCGCACAGACUUAAGAAGUGCUCAAUGUAAAGGAUGAAUGCUGAGGAUAAGUUGGAGGGUAUGUUGCUCAAGUGCAGCAGCGGAGGAAUGGAUGGAGGAGGGAGAGUUAGCUUGGGUGCCAGAGGAGGACUGGUGGUGAUGACCCUUGGGGAACGAUCGCUGGCAAACCACCCUCUGCUGGCUGAUGAUGAUGACGAUGAUGAAGAUGAUGAGGACUUGACUGGAAGUUCCUUGGUUACACAUGACCUGGUUCCUCCAGAGCAGCUGAUGAUGCAGGAGGAGGUGACAAAAAAUGGUGGAGGAGAAGAGGAUGGAGGGGGCGAGGUGGGAGUACAUUUCCCCCUAAAACUCACCAAUAAGCUGCCAUGCUUGCUUCAUAUGCCAUUGAGCAUCAAGCAAGAGCUGAAGCUUUCUGACCUUACAAAGAACAAAAAAGCAAUCAAGGACCAGGGUGUGUGUCCCAAGAAGAAAAAAAGGAAGCAGCGCUCACCAGCAAAAAUUCUCAGCAUGAAUGAUGAUGGCUCUGUGACCGUCCCAAACCCCAAGUGUCACAUUUGUGUCCACUGUAACGCUGCAUUUAGAACAAACUACCAUCUGCAGAGGCAUGUCUUCAUUCACACUGGCGAGAAGCCUUUUCAGUGCAGCCAGUGUGACAUGCGCUUCAUUCAGAAAUAUCUUCUCCAGAGACACGAGAAGAUCCACACUGGUGAGAAGCCUUUUCGCUGUGACGAGUGUGGGAUGAGGUUUAUUCAAAAGUAUCACAUGGAGAGACACAAGAGGACUCACAGUGGAGAAAAGCCUUACCAAUGUGACUACUGUCACCAGGUAUUAUUACUCCUGUUUUUGUGAAAAUUAAGCAGCAAUAUAUUAUUAUAAUAUUGGAAGGAGUGGUG